AUGGUGUCUUUUCUCCUGCGACCCAAUGCUGCGAGAUUCCCGCUGUUCGCCGCGAGCGUGAAGCACAACCGGCAAUGGGGAUCGGUCAACGCUGAACCCGCGGCGCUGGACGCGAUAGACCCCGGCGAACGACACGUACCGUACCGUCUGCGAGGACCGUCCAUCAAGUUAGCAUUCUUCAACCCCGGGAUCCCCUGGGAAGGGUACAUGCCCAACUCAUUGCUCAACGGACAAGACCCUCUCGCAGUGGCCAUCCGGAAGCCCAUGGACGACGAUCUUCUGACGACGGGAGGAGGCGACUACCGCAUCUCGAAGCUAUGGCAGAUAAGCAUCGGGGAGCUCGCGGUCAAGGCGGAGAGCGCGUUCAGGAGAUUGAUCUGCGCCGCCGAAGAGAUCUUCUAUCGAGUGGAGGGGGCGUCGCAGGUCAGCUUCACACCCUUCCGCCUGGACACCGAGCUGCUGCACAAGACCUUCCGGCUCCGAUCGGAGGCGCUCGCGACCACCAAGACCCCGCGCGCGCAGGUCCUCGCGAAUGUUAGCUUUCUCGCCUGGUUCACGCACGUCGUUGGCAGUUGGGCGGAGGGCAUCGACCAGGAAACGGCGGACUUUAUACGGUCGCUGCGACUAGAAGAGCGCGAGAUGCGCGGCUAUAUCAUCAAUCUUCCCACCGACUACUGCUGGCUCGACCUCCAGCUGCUCAUCGAACACGAAGUCCCUUUUCAUUACCUCUGGUCCCCCUGCUUGCACCUCAACAGCCGGUUCAUGCGUACCAAUCCCUGGCUCAUCGCCCGCGUGCUGGAGAUGAAGCGUCAACUCGGCAGGGAACCCACCGAUGAAGAGGUCCUGGACGGUCAAGGCCGCGCUCGCACUGUCCUGGGAUACGAUCGCUUCUUUCAACCAAGGAAUGCUCUUCCAGAAGGGGAAGACCCAUGGCCAAACCCCGAUACACGCCACGCCGUGCAGUUCUUCCGGGGCUGGCACGAGCACGACUUGAAGGACGAGGCGAUCAUACAGCGUGCGUUGCAGGCGUACGAGGCGAAGGACCCCGCUGGCGUCUAUCUGAGCGAGGACGCCCGGACGGCUUGGACGUACAUCUAUCGCUGGGCACGAAAGGGAGCCAACUGGAUCGAAGACGACGAGCUGGAGGACUGGGAGAUUUUCGAGACGCCCGCCUGGACUCGGAGGGGCACCUUUUUCCAUGGGAGGGAGCUGAGGCGACUCACGUGCGCCCCACUGCCGCACCAGAUGCUGGAGCACCACCGCUGGGGAACCGAUAGUAUCGCCGAGCAAGUCGAGCUGCAGAUGCUCGUGGACUGCAUCGGAGAACCAGUCGAGCAGUCGUACAAGGAGAUGUGGGACGACGAGGAGCGCCGGAUGCUGACCUUGAGCUACGAUAGCCGCACGGAAGGGCAGCCCGUCCCCAACUUACCUCUCACCGGCUACUUCGCCGUGGAUGGAGACGAGGUGGCGAUCCCCGAGGAGAGGGACGAGCGACCGAGUCUUCUUCAGAGGAUGGAACCUCUUCCCGACCAACGAUCGCUGGCAGAAAGGAUGGGGCCCGCUGUCGCGGCAUCCGUCAGGGCUAACAGCGCGGGAUCUUCGCGGAGCCGAGGGCGUGCGCGAGGUGCCGCUUCGUCAAGAACUACGUCGCAGGCGAGGAGAAGAUCCCCGGAGUCGCGUAGCGCGUCGCCGCCUCGGGUACGGCGCUCGACGUCAACAGCGUCCUCGGCAGCCGGGUUGUCCUCGGCUCGAGACUACACCCCACGCUUGCCAGACCCUUCGACACGCUGGGGAUUGGUAACGCCAGCAGCCCACAACUGGGGGGCGCGAGUGGCGCAGCACAUUCGCGAGGCCGACCAGCUGCUCACGGUACUCUCAGCGCCGAUUCUGCCGCGCGCCGCGGACGUGGAGGGACGCAUCCGGUGGGCGGACCGGGUGAUACAGCACGCGUAUCUGGUCCUCCUGCACCCGCAACACCAAGUCCGCGUGUACGCGCUUCGCAUCAAGAAUCGGCGCACUCGCUCUGAGGACUUCCUCAAGCGCCUUGCCAACGCGGGCAUUCCUCUCGCCAUCGCGUUCCCGCAGUCGAUGUACCCGACCAGCGAUCAAGACCGCCCAAUAGCGGAUGAGGAAUCACAUUCGGUGGCCUUCGUGCCGUAUGGCACAGGAGGCACGACUCUGUUCAACACCUGGAGGGACGGACUGCGAUCUCUCGCGCGCAGACCGAAUGCAGCCGCGUUGUACUUCUCCAGCGACAUCGCGAGCUAUGUGCUACGCCGUUGGGCAUGGGACAUUAUCGGACCAGUCGUAGGUAACGGACCGAGCGAGGACGCCCGAGUGCAUCGCAGCGGCGAUAAGUACUGGCCCGCGGCCCCCCUACCGGCGUUGUUCACCGACGAAGUCUCGUCACCCGAGAUCGCCUACGCGCACGGAUGCAUCAUCGCGCAGCAAAACGGGGAAGCGAUAAGUUACCGCUACGCCUUCCCGCCGAAGAAUUCCUGGGCCUCGCAGUGGCCGACACGAGGCGAAUGGGGCGUCGAGGAGAACAAGUACAUGCUGGAGCUCGCCGUGGCCUUUGAGCGGGGCGAGGCCGAGAUACCCAUGGAGUCCGCCUGGAGGGACCGCUUGCGAAACCGGAGCCGCAGCAACCUCGGUUCCGGCUUCCGCAAGAGCGAAGCUUUGAGCGUCGCCAACGCUGAAGCUUGGGCGGAGUACUUCCAGCGCGUCUACGGCGGCGACCGCCGAUUUGUGCGUAUUGCGGAUCUGGGAGAGCAGCUGCGCCCCGCGUGUCUGUACGAGAAGGCGGCAGCGGCGUUGGCAGCGGCAGCUGCGUGGGUGCGGAGAAGGGGAGGAGGGGAGGAGGGGAGGCGGCGGCGGACGGGCAAGAGGCGGACGAGGAGAGGAGGCGGAGAAGCGCAAGUUGGAACUUCACGAAAAUUGCGCAAAGUCGGAGCAAACCAGGCCGAGCAUGUGGCUGGCCCGAUCGGACCGCGUCCCGGAGCGCUGACGCGUCACCUUCUCGUGCUUUCCUUCUCCUCUUCGUCUUCCCUGCUCGCUCUCGUCGCCGCCGCCACUCGCCUGCCGCUGCCGACGCCGCCUCCCCUUCUCGUCGCCGCCUCUCCAGCUCGCCGUCACCGCGGCGCAGCUGACGCCAUGACCGCCCACGCCGCCUUCCUUCCCGCGUGCGACGAUGACACGUCGUCGUGCCGUGACCAGCGCGCACCGCUCGCAAAGAAGACAGCCAGCAGAGCGCCCCAGCCCGCCUGGCACGUCUAG